AUGGAGCAGACACCGAUUGCGCAACUCAGCCCCGAACUGCCCUCGGUGGAAUCGCAGCAUUUCCGGGCCACCGUCACUCUGAUAUGGCCGUACUCGUCGUCUGCAUGCCAACUGGCCCUCCUGCUCGCGGAGCCAGAUCUCCGGCUUAGGCGAAGGAACGGUCAGGUCAGGGCUCGCUUUUCGGGCGCAAGUGCAAAGGCCAUUGCGACAACAGGUGUAGGAAUCGGCGAUGAGGUCGUCUUGAGCCUGCGAGGCGCGCAAUUCGUCACCGAGGGCGCCAUCAGCACGCCCGGAAAGAGUAUCGAUUGGGAGCUGGAAUAUGUUCAAACAGUCGUCAUUCGCAUCUACCGAAACGGCGAAGAAACCGCCAAUAUCGAGCUCGUUGAUGCGCCGCCCACUCCAGCCCCUGCAUCACCACUCCGCCGACAAUAUCGAGCUGCUCCAAGCCCAGCGUUACAAUAUUCGUCUCCUGCCUUCUUGAAGCGCGUGCGCCUAUCUGAUGGGCCCUUCUUCGAACCGCCUUACGAUCCCCUGGCCGACGAGACAGGCGAAGGCCACGACAAAAAGCGGCGGAGGAAAUCGUAUCGAGAUUGGAAGGCAUGGACAUAUAGUGCGAGGACGCCCUCGCCAGAGAAGGAGGAUGCUCCCAUGGAAGACGAAAUGGAGUGGCUUGAGGCAUCGCCCAGCCGCCCAGAACAGCUCCCUCAAACACCUACCUCUCCCUCAAAAUCCGCCACAGUAUCCAAAUCAGCCAAACCGCUGCGUGCUCAAGGUGCUAAGCCAACAGAGGCGCCCGUUUCAGCAGAGGAGGCCAUCUUGCAAUCGGAUGAGGAAAAUGCAGAUGAGAGCGUCAUUCGCGAGUCUGACUACAGUGUGCUCUACUCGGCUCCAGAUGAACAUCUGUCAUCAGAUGCCCAGUACGCUUUUGGUGGCGAUACCGAGGUAGAUACUGAAGUCAACACAGAGGAAGAAUAUCCUGCCCAAGAGGAGACCGAGGGGGGCAGCACAGUCACAAAGGAGCCAAGCACUGAUGAGGUUCAUCAAGUACAGCGUGAAGCUAAAGGCAGCGAUGAAGCUGCGGUUGCAGAAGCGCAGUUAGAGAACGACACACAUGAGGAUCGUGUACAGGUUGUUGAACCAAACCAAGCCACAACAUCCACGUCCGUCCCUGAGUCAGACGAACAAAAUGCGGAGACAUCACCAGCAUCACUUAUCAACGCUCCAAAAAUUGCGAUGCCUCCUCCUACAUUAACCAUUAUUCAAACCGACACCCCGAACGCUGUGUCUGCUGCUCUGUUGACCCCAAUCGGUAGGGAGCCUGGAAGCCCAACUCUUCGACCUCUGGACUCGGCCAAUCUCCCGAUACCAUCACCGUUUCCUGGUGAGCGCGAAAACACUGCUACCUCUUACUUUGAUCAACUCAUCGCCAAUGAGCAGUCUGUAGAAUUGGAAGCCGAGGGUGAAGAAGAGGAGAAACCACCAAGCCAAGCAAGCUACAUCGGCGAGACGUCUUUCUUUAGCUCGAUUGGUUCCUCGAACGUAUCCACAUUUCACCCGAAUCAUGAGUCAGCCUUUGCACCUUUGCGCUUCACUUUUGGUAUGGAUGGUGCUGGAUUUUCGCGCCCUAUGGAGAUCUCGUCCCCACCACCUGAAGUCCAGCCGGACGAGGAAGACAAGGAUGUGCAAGAGGCAUCAGGUUCGACUACAGUUGCAGACACUUCAUUUGAUAACUCUGAUGCGGGUGCCCCCUUAACAAUUCAGAAUCCAGGAGAUGCCCAGAAAGCCAGCGAAAAUGCUCAAGCGGUACCUGCAACACAGGCGCUAAGCACUGUUGAAGAAGCCCAAGAUCCCGAUGUAACGAUGCUUUCUUCAGCUGGGGAUGAAAGUUCUAGUGUUGAGGAACCUGACCAAGACACCGCUCAUCACACUGGCAAGGAGACUGAGGAUAACGUAGUUAGCCCAGCUGUAGGUUCUGAAGGUGGGGUCGUUGAAGAACAAAAAGACAAUCAGCAAACUUUGCCUAGUGAACAUGGCUCACCCAUCGAACAUCAUAGCCCAAAGGCUUCUCCCCAGGAUCAAGACCAGCCUCCAUCCGCAACCUUCGAAAGUCACAGUGAGUUCGUGAGCCAGGAUCCCGCAACCAAAACCUCCAUUCAUUCUGAAGCCCCCGGUGAGCCAGCUGCAACUCACACACUAUCCCAGGAACCGGAGCCUAGUGAAGAUGUUGACCAGAUGGAGCAAUCCUUCUCUAUAGACCACUCAUAUGAAGCUUCUAUAGAGGCUACCGACGAUUACUUGCAGGACGCUUUCCCAAUGGACCACAUGUCACACGAGUUCCAGGAUGAACAAUAUACCCAAACACAGCAAGGUUCGGUUAUGGGAGACCAAUGGAUAGAAGACCAUUUCGAUUCACAAACUGACCACUCCAAGGCUUCGGUGGUAUCUGAGGUUCCUAAUUUGUCUACCAACGAACUGUCUAUGAUCGAAGCCGAACAGGGCCACGACAUAGAUGAAGUACAGACUGCGGAUACACCACGUACUGUACCGGCUAGGAACACAAGAUCCAAGGCCAAAGCUCAAACUCCAUCGGUACAAGAUGAGGUGCCUGGCUCCGUUCGUACCACGCGCUCGACAAGGUCUCGGGGAUCUGUGAGUUCCAUCGCUCGCUCGGUCAUUUCUCCUCGCAUACGCGCGCGUUCGGCAAAUUCUCCAUCACAGGGAGCUGCACAGGCCUCGCCAAACAGCAUUAAAACCAAGUCAGACUUUUUGUCUCCAGAGAAGAACAUUCCAGCUCAUAUUUCUACUACUGUCCGCGAAAGCCCGCGUAAAUCGUUGCAGAGAAGCUUGAAACAAGAGUUCGCUGCAGCUCGUUCUCGAAAAGAGAGGGAUGGCCCAUCAUCUCCCAAGUUCGAAUUGUCACAAGUUCAAAAUGCAUCCGAGAAUGAACAUAUGAAUGAUGUUCUUGUCAAAGACUGGGCUGAGCGGAACACUCACACCGAAUAUUCCGCGUCGCCUGCACGCACAUUAGAAGACUUGACUGAGGCACAGAAAUCGGACUUUGGCAGUCCUAUGAAACGCGAUGCUCCUAGUAGAGAAGAUGAUGUGGUUACCGAAUAUCCCUCGGGUACUGAUCCAGAGUCCAAACCAAAGUCGAAGACCAAGACGGGACGAAAGAAGCCUGCACCAAAGGCAGUUGUCGAGACUCAAAACAGUCAAGCUGCACCAUCUGAAUCUGGAAGUCCCAGCAGGCGGCUGCGCUCAAAAGGACCUAUCGAGCUGGUCACUCAGAGUCCUCGCAGUGUCCGGAGAACAAGAAGGAAUGUAUACAAUAUCUCUGAGCGUCAGGAGAGCGAAGAGGUUAGUGAGGCGGAUCUAAAGCCUGAGGAGAAGUCACAACAGGGGGAAAGUGAAGGCCUGUCACAAACAUCUACAGUCGAGGCUGGAGAGUCCAUGCGCAGCUCUACGCUCGAUUCACAAGCAGCUUUACAAAGGCAAAGGCUCAUGACUCCGGACGCAACUCAGCAAACUACCAAUGAAGCGCAGUCAGGCUUUGUCGCUGCGCCCGCAGGACAGGACUCGUUAUUAACACCCCAACCCACCCAGGCGACAUCCACCAAUCUCCGUUCUUCCCAGCAAGAUGUUGACAUGGAAGCUACUACAUCCGCGUCACCCAACGCGCAAAAGUCACCAACGACCAAAACCACGCCUGGCCACAACAAAGCAGCCACAGACACGACAUCGACCUCUUUAUCCCCAACUCUGAUUGAACAACCCACCUCAAAACCCGACCCCUCCGAGGCCACACAAGAAUCCCCCUCAAUCGGCCUCUCAACCCCCCUCUCCUACUACACCCCCCUCAAAGACCUCCCCUACUUCCUCAACCGCUCCUCCCAAUUCCACUCAUCCGUAAACCCAGACAUCCUCGCCCUCGUCACCUCCGCCACGACGGCAAGCGAAAAAGCGAAAAAGGGGCCCAAGCACUGGAACACGACUUUGCAUAUCACGGAUGCGAGUUCCUGGCCCGCGACAACGACCGUUCAGUGCUUCCGUGCGUACCGAGAGGCACUACCGGAAGCAGGCGUGGGCGAUGUAGUGUUGCUAAGGGCGUUUGCGGUGAAGUCGUUGAAUCGGCAUCCGGCACUGGUGAGUGCGGAUGAGAGCGCGUGGUGUGUUUGGCAGUGGGGAAAACCAGGUUCGGGGGCAGAAGAGGGGAUGUUUGGAGAGUUGAAGGCGAGAGAGGAGGUUAAAGGGCCAGAGGUUGAGCGUGGUGAGGGCGAGUGGCGCGAGGUAGAGAGGCUGAGGGCCUGGUAUGAGAAUAAGGUUAAGCAAGAGUUACAGGAGAAGGAAGAGAGUCAAGUAAAGACUAGGAGUAGGGAUAAGGCAAAGGGGGCUGCCGGAGGCAGUGCGGAUGCAUAG